UGUCGCCUUUAUUUCAGCAGUCUUUGCCCACAAUUUGGGCCGCAUUCAAGAUGAGGGCACCCGUGACUCUGUUUCUCCUUCACGUUUGUUUGGGAGCUCCCGUCAGGCGUCCGACAAACUGGCUCCGGCAAUGUCGAGCCUCCACCAACCUCUCCGUCACAGCCUUAGAGGUGCUCCCCGGCGGAGGCUGGGAUAACCUCCGUAACCUAGAUAUGGGUCGGGUCAUGAACCUCAGCUAUUUCCAUUGCCAGACAACCGAGGACGGGGUCUACUUCAUCCCAGAUGAGGUGUUUGUCAUACCCCACAAGGAGACCGGCGUGGAGACCAACUCGGAGAUAAUCAGCUCUUGGCAAGAGCAACGGAGCUCGACGUCUCGCGGUAUAAAUGCGGAUGUAUCAUUCUUCUCUCUGCUGAAUGGUAAAUUCUCGUAUGAGAACCAGAGGAUGAAAAUCCAUCAGGUCAGAGAUUCUUCAACCACAACCCGGGUGGAGGUCCGUAACCUCCUCUACACGGUCCAGGCUUAUCCGGACUUCAGUCUCGAUUCCCGUUUUGCUCAGGAAGCCAAGGAGAUAGCCGAUGCCAUCGAGAACAACCAAACAAGGAACGCAAACUAUCUCUCGGAGAAGAUGGUGUUGGCCUACGGGACCCAUGUGAUCACCAGCGUCGACGCCGGGGCCGCUCUGGUGGAGGAGGACUACCUGCGCUCCUCGUACGUGUCCGACAACGCGUCGCAAAAUGCCGGCGUCAAAGCCUCCGCUGGCCUCAACUUUUUUGACAAGCUCAAGUUUGACAUAAGCAGCCAAAACACGCAACAGAGCUCGUCGCUCCAGACGUACCAGUCCAACAUUCAGUAUUCUCUUAUUCAAAGCCACGGUAGUAUUCCUUUCUAUCCAGGUAUCACGCUUCAAAAGUGGCAGGAAAAUACCAGAAACAACCUGGUUGCUGUCGAUCGGUUAGGAUUAGCCCUGCCGUACUUUAUAAACGCCAACACCUUCCCUGAUCUGCCACGGCCUACCGUUGAAAAAGUAGCUAACUCGGUGAGAAACGCCAUCGAGCGCUAUUACAAGGUCAACACUCGGCCAGGGUGCGUCGACGUCAACUCCCAGAACUUCAACUUCCAGGCAAACGUCGACGACGCGUCUUGCGAAGGCCCCGCGACAAACCUCAGUUUUGGCGGCGUCUACCAACAGUGUAUUCAAAUCUCCUCAAACGCAGGGCCGCUGUGUGACGCCCUGGCCCAGAAAAAUCCGGACACGGGUGACUUUUCUUGUCGGCUGCCUUAUUCGCCAACCUUACUGAGAUCAGAGGUUCGACAGCAAGCUUACACCGUGUACGAAUGUCAUACUGAGACGUAUCGAUGCGGGAUCUUUCACUUGUCCCACUGCCACCGUCAAGUUUGUCAGGACAACUCGUACGUGCGGUCUGCUCACAUAAACACCUACUGGUGCUCACUCAGUGGCAAGGCUCCAGAAAACUCCGGGUAUCUCUUUGGAGGGCUGUACAGCUCCUCCCUGGUGAACCCCGUCACCAACACCAAAACCUGCCCGGCAAACUAUUUGCCCCUGAAGUUUCUCUCUGACGGCCAAAUGAUCUGUUUGAGUAAGGACUACGAAACUGGCACCAAAUACGCGGUACCGUUCGGAGGCCUCUUUAGCUGUCAGUCAAGCAACCCCUUGGCAGGGCAAAAACGUCGCUGCCCCGCCAGGUUCAGCCAACAUCUUGCCGCAGUCAGCGACGGUUGUGAAAUCCUCUACUGCGUCCAGUCGGGAUUAUUCACAGGCGGGCAGCUGCGUCCGAUCCAUCUCCCUCCGUUCACCAGGCCGCCACUCGUGAGUGAGAAAACCACCAACACGGUAAUGGUGAUGACCGAAGGAGAAAACAGCUGGGUAAGAGUCGGAAAUACCAAGACGUGGAAACUGGCAGACCCGAAGGACGUCGAGGAGAUUUUAAGAAGCGUCAACCCAAACCACAAUCAGAUGUCCGGUGGGGAAAAGGCAGGAGUUGCCUUUGGUGUGAUGGCUGUGAUGGCUCUGGUGCUGGUGGGCGUCGUGGUCUUGGUCAAAAGAAGGAAAAAGCUGCCCAGGAUAACAUUAAGGAGAGGUUACACGGAAAUUCGCCAACAGGAGGUCCUGGUUGAUGAUGGCGAGAGAGCAAUGCUGCAAAGCAAUGCUUGAAAUAUUCAAACAAGUUCUCUCUUUUUUUGUGACUUACUUUAUUAGCGCGAUUUGAAAAUAUUUAAUCAUUGCACAUCAGUCCGGAAUGCUCUGCACAGGGACUGUUUAGUGACCAAGGACUGCAUUUGGAAUUACGGUGGUACCUUCAUUUAAAGUUGAAUUUCUUACAUGACCACGCUCAUAUCUCAAAUCAACGUUUCUCCAGCGAUUUGAAAAUAAUUGAAAUGAAUCUGUACCAGCUAUGCUAAACUAGCGCACUCGUAACUCAUUUUGCCACUGUGCUGGUUUUUUUUUUUUUUGGGUUGCAAUUUUUUUUAACCUCUGACAAACUUUUAAUAAAUGAUUAAAUAAACGAUCCUGCAACCCUUGUGAGGAUAAGUGGCUCUGAUAAUGGUUGGAUUCUGCACUGCAUCAUCGGGACAGAAGAUUCAACCGAAUGUACACUUCCCGUCAAAACCGAGUUGGACACGCUUAUUCAGAAUCAGACUUAACGGCCAAGUGUGUAAAAACACACAAGGAAUUAUUCAAUGGCAUUUAAAGUUCUUCUUUUCCUAUCGGCUUGUCCCGUUAGGGGUCGCCACAGCGUCUCAUCUUGUUCCAUCUAAGCCUAUCUCGUGCAUCUUCCUCUCUAACGCCAGGUGUCCUCAUGUCCUCCCUCACAACAUCCAUCAACCUUCUCUUUGGUCUUCCUCUCGCUCUUUUCGAGAGUGGAGUAAUUACAUGGAUAUGUAUGCAAUUGGUGCAAAACCCUGAUUUUUCAUCACCAUUCAUUUAGAAAAAUAAGCACUCUUUUUUUUUUCCUGCUCUUAACUUAAAUGUGACAAAAAUUGCUCACCUGGACUUGGGUGCGCCACAAAACAGCAGCACUGAACAAAGCGUGUUCAAUUCAAGUGUGUACUUUUACUUCUUCUUCUUCUUUUGGUUUCGUUAGGGGUCGCCACAGCGUGUCAUCUUUUUUUAUCCAAGCCUUUUCUCCUGCAUCUUCCUCUCUAACCCCAACUGCCCUCAUGUAUUCCCUCACCACAUCCAUAAACCUUCUCUUUGGUCUUCCUCUCGCUCUCUCUUCCUUGACAGCUGCAUCCGUACCGUCCUCCUACCAAUUUUCUCACUCUCUCGCCUCUGGACAUGUCCAAACCAUCGAAGUCUGCUCUCUUUAACCUUGUCUCCAAAACAUCCAACUUUGGCUGUCCCUCUAACGAGCUCGUUUCUAAUCCUAUCCAACCUGGUCACUCCGAGUGUGAACCUCAACAUCUUCAUUUCUGCCACCUCCAGUUCUGCUUCCCGUUUUCUCUUUAGCGCCACCAUCUCUGAUCCGUACAUGGUGGCCGGCCUCACCGCUGUUUUGUAAACUUUGCCCUUCAUCUUAGCAGAGACUCUUCUGUCACAUAGAACACCAGACACCUUCCGCCAGCUGUUCCACCCUGCUUGGACCCCGUCUCUUCACUUCCUUCCCAUGGCAUUUACAAUGGCAUUUAAACUGACAAUGUCAAAAAAUGAAUCUGGGAAAGAAUUUGUAUUUAUGCUUCAUAAGUCCAAAUCCCCCCAGUAUUAAUACUGAUGAUUAAAUAAACAAUACAACAGAAUGCAUAUGAAUUCUUUGAAUUGCAAAAAAACCCCAAAACCUUUGUGCUAGAU